AACUGGCUGCAGGAGAGUAGAGCUACGCUUCUUGGCCGUUCCGAUAGUUGUGAUUUGUUCAGAUGAGGGGAUUGUUUUGUUGAAAGCUUUGGAAGUGAGGUGAGGCCGGCAGCCUUCGGUAAGCCAUUCGAGUGACGGUGUUAGGCAGUGCAAGCCGAGUGUGUUGUGCUCAGCGCCGCAGGAGAGGUGAUGUUCCUAGUGGGGCAGGAGUAAGCGAGCAGUGGGUCGGUGGGCCACCUUCAGAUGCUCAGAUAACAGCGGCUCCAGCAUGGCGGGGCCCACGAACGCCCUCAUGUGGGCGGUUGUGGGCGUGUGGGCGGCCUGUACAGCUGGGGCAUGGGCGGAUUACUCUGAUAUCAUGGCGGUGGAGCACCCGGGCCCAAGGCGCUGCGAGCCCAUCCGGAUCGUGGCGUGCCAAGACCUGGGCUACAACCUGACCUCCAUGCCCAACUUGGUGGGCAUCGAGCUGCAGAAGGACGCCGAGUACCGCCUCAACUCCUUCAAGCCGCUCAUCCAGUACGGGUGCUCCUCGCAGCUCAAGCUCUUCCUGUGCUCCAUCUACGCGCCCUUGUGCACGCCCCAGGUGCCCACGCCCAUCGGGCCCUGUCGGGACCUGUGUGAGACUGUGAGGAACCGGUGCGCGCCCGUGCUCUCCGAGCUCGGGUACCCGUGGCCGCACUUCCUGAACUGCUCCAAGUUCCCGGCCCACAACAACGAGGAGCACAUGUGCAUGGAGGGGCCCGGGGAGAAGAUGCCGCCCCACGCCCCCCCGACGACCUCCCCGCGCCCCAAGCCUCCCCCGCGAUGUAGCCAGUACGCCCACGCACACAAGUACCGCUACAUCAACGCGACGGGCACGUGCGCGCCCCUGUGCCAGGCCAACAUCUCGUUUAACAGCAGUGACAAGUCCUUCGCGGGCGUGUGGAUGGCCAUCUGGGCCGUCGUGUGCUUCGCCGUCACCCUGUUCACCGUCCUGUCCUUCCUGCUGGACGCCGCCGCCUUCAGAUACCCCGAGCGGGCGGCCGUCCAUCUGGCCCUGUGCUACAACCUGGUGGCCGUCGGGUACCUGGUGCGGCUGGUGGCAGGAGCGGGUCGGGUUACGUGUCACGCGGACCCGGAGUUGGGGGUCGGAGUGGCGGUGACGGAGGGAGGACUCCACACCACGUGCGCUCUCGUCUUCCUGCUCCUCUACUACUUCAGCACCGCCGCCUCCGUCUGGUGGGUGAUGCUCUGUGUCUCGUGGCUCCUGCGGGCGUGGCGAGGCUGGACGCACGAGCAGAUCCUGCGCCACUCGUCCUGGUUCCGUCGCCGCCUGGGAGUGCCGGCCGCGCAAGCCAUCGCCUGCCUCGUGCUCAGGAAGGUCGACGCCGAUGAGCUGACGGGUGAGAAUUGGGGUGCUCUGUGUAUUUAUUUAUUAGUGCCAACUCGCCUGCUUAGGUUUGUGUCAACCAGCAAGGAGAGCUCUUUCUCACUAACCGAAGGUGUGAAAAGUACACUUCUGCCAUUCCUCAUGUCUAAGAAAACUCAAGACUCAGCCACGAUCUCCAUUCGAAAAGGGAACUCAAAAGCAAACUCAAAAGCAAACUCAAAAGCAAACUCAAGCACCCUUUCUCAAGUCUCUCGCGUGUGGUCUCGUCUCUGUGCUUGA